CCGCGGUUGCGGUCUUUUCAAAUGUCGCGGGAGAAUGGGACGAAUUCCCCAAACGUUGCUAAUGCCCGCAGGACGAGGCGUGCGCUCCCGUGCGCCCCUGGGGUGGGAGGUGCUGCCCCGGGCGAAACUCUGUGCCCGUAACUUCCCGUACACUUGUUGCCUCUCCCUCCUGGUGACAGUGCAGGAUGCUGAGCGUUACACCACCUUAUUUGCCACUAUCAUCCUCAGAUGUGACUACAGCACGUCAGCUCAGCUGCAGGACGUGGUGGUGACCUGGCGCUUCAAAUCCUUCUGCAAGGACCCCAUCUUUGACUACUACUCAGCCUCAUACCAGGCUGGUUUAGCCCUUGGCCAGGACCCAUCUAACGACUGCAACGACAGCCAGCGAAAGGUGCGCAUUGUCAUCCAGAAAUACGGGCAGAAGGACCCCGUGCUGGGCAUCGACUACCAGCAACGGAAGAUCACCAUUCAGAACAGAGCAGACCUUGUCAUCAGUGAGGUCAUGUGGUGGGACCAUGGCAUGUACUACUGCACUGUGGAAGCACCAGGAGAUACAUCAGGUGAUGCGGACAAAGAAGUGAAGCUGAUUGUUCUCCAUUGGCUCACGGUACUCCUCAUCAUUCUCGGUGGCCUCAUUCUCCUUCUUCUGAUUGGAAUAUGCUGGUGCCAGUGCUGCCCCCAGUAUUGCUGCUGCCACAUCCAGUGUGGCUGCUGUCCAACCCGGUGCUGCUGUAACCAGGAAGUACUGGAACGGCAUCGGUUCAUAAAACGGGCUCAGGCACUUGCACCUUGGAUAUCACCCAAUAUGUUCUAUGGAGGUGGUGACAGGAACUCAAAACUUUCCUCUUACCAGCUGAACCCUCUACUGCAACAAGAUGUGUCUCUGCAGAACAGUCUUCCACUGGUACAGCCACAAGCCCAGCUUUCCCAUAACAACGGUGUUUUGGACUAUCUGGAGUCUGAAAUCCAAAACCUCAACAUGUCACAGCUCCGGCCACCCUCCCACCAGCGGCAGGCUGUGCAGCCCAGCCUGCUGUCCUCCCUGGGCUCCGACAUCAUGCCACCUCCUCUCGCUGAUCACAUCUCCUCCGUCCAUGGGAGCAGCAACUCCUCACGGCCGCAAAGAGCCACUCGCACCCCCAGACCCUGGGACUCUGCAGCAGAGGACAGAAGGGAAAACCGGAGGUGGCCCGUGCCUUCCAGUGGGGAUUCUCAUUCCAGCUACAGUCAGGACAUCUGGGACAGGCAGCGAGAGGAUCAUCCUCACAGGCAGAGGACAGGUGGCUACAAUGGCAGGCCACAGUACUCCAGACGGGAUAUGUCGCCUGCACGCCAAGCUGAGAGGGGCAAGAGCAGCAGCAGCAGCAACUUCUAUCCAGAGGAGGCCAAGGAGCGCUCCAGCCGCCAUCGUGGCGGGAGACAGGAGCCCGCAGGGAGGCGAGAAUACGAGAACCACACAGGGAGGAGCAAUAACUUGGGCCAGCGGCGGCACAGCUACUCCCCCCCUUCUCACAGGGGGUCGUGGAGCUCCUCAGAGGAUCAGGUCCAUGUCCCAGCGACAAACCGCAGGCGGAGGAACCGGUCUCGGGAAUGGCCGGAAGAUAAACCCCCCAGUUAUCGCUCCUUAGAAAUCAUCCCGAAUCAGGACCAGAAGCGCAAAGGCAGAGCAGGGACACGCUCGGACAGAGCAAGUUCCCACAGUGGAAAAAGCAUAAUCAUUUAAUGUCAGUACUGAAAGAACUACGAUUCCCACUGGACUCUUCUUAGUUUUUUUACUAUGUGGGUUGGGAUGGCUGCUUUUGAUUGAACAGACAACCAGCAAUAAACCAGAUAAAGCAG